AUGGGCGGAAGGUUUGCCGGGAAAAAGGUGUUCAUAUGUGAUAACCUGUCAAGUCAUCUAAAUGUGGACAUUAUUAAACUUUGCGAAGAACAUAACAUAUCUUUUGUUUUCAUUCCUGCAAACUCCACGCAUCUUACUCAGCCCUUAGACGUUGCUUUCUUUGCUCCGCUUAAGAAAACUUGGCGGAAAAUUUUGCUGCAGUACAAAAUGGAAAAUCCCAAUCAAACAUCUUUAAACAAAAAUCACUUCCCGAACUUGUUGACGUCUUUUAUUAACGCAAAAGACUUUACCAGAACCAACAAUAUCAAAAGUGGAUUCAGAGCUGCCGGAAUUUGUCCUUUAAAUCCACGUGAAGUGCUCAAACGGCUGCCGGAAUAUGCUGAAGAACUUGGAAAUUACACAGUUGAUAGCGCCUUAUUAAAUUACUUGCAAAAGUGCAGACAACCGAAACCAAUAAAUGUAAAACGCAAUAAAAAAGUUUCAGUAGAGCCUGGAAAGUCUGUUUCAAUAGGCGAUUUCGAUUUGUUUAGUUGUUCAAAUCAAGAAGUUACAGAAACUCAGAAAUCUAAAAAAAAACAAUGGAGUUGCAGCAAAGAAAUCAAAAACGACAAAAAAGACUUCUAUUACAAAUCAAGGAAAGUAAACAGCAAUCGAAAGUCCGGAAAAAAAACUAAUAAACCAAAGAAAAAAACAAAAAUCAACAAAUCAACCAUUGAACGAAUGAUAAAACCAGCCUGGAAAACAUAUAAGAGAAAUAUAAGUGAAACAAGUAAUAGUGAUAUCAACAUUAGUAUUCACAUUAAAUCAGAUAUCUGUGACAUAGAAUCUGAUAAGCCCGACAAAGACAUUCAAAGUUUAGAUACAAAAAAGCCUAAAACACAGUCAAUGAAAGAUAAUAAAACAAAAAUAGCAGCGGAAACAGAAAAACCUUCAUCGAGCUACGACGACCAUUUAAGUGAAACUUGUUCUAAGGUCAAUUAUGCUGUUGGGGAUAUUAUAUUAAUCAGAUACUUUUUUAAGAAAAAAGUUGAUUAUUUUGUCGGUGAAAUCAUAGCAAAAGUAGGAAAUGGUAAAGUAAAUGUAUCAUUUUUCAGACGAACAGGUAGAAACGACAAUACUAAGUUUAUAAAAACCAAAAAACAAGAAGUAGAAAUAACUGAGUGUAAGAAUAUUGUCAAAACCGUGAAUUUACUUACAAUUAAUACCAAUGAAACAGAGUUUGUUCUAGAUGAUGAUGAUGACUACUUAUAUUUUGAUUAUUAG